AUGACACAAAAUCCACGGAACAAAUUGAUUUAUAAGGAGGAUUUUUAAGUUGUGGUAGCUGCAACUCAUUUGAUAAGAGCUAUGGCUGUAGCUGAGUUUGGAGGCUUUUAUUUUGACAAUGAUUUUUAUUUGGACGAAUGGGCUAAGAUAAGUUACAUAGAAUAUUAAGAUGAUAAAUUUCUCUUAAAUGGUGUAUUUGCAGCUUAAAAGGAGCGCCCAUUGACCUACUUUUUUGGAAGCAUAGCAUUUAAUUACAAGAACUAGGAAGGAAAAAAUAAUAUGCUUGUUUAAUGGAAACGAUUCGAUUUAAAUGCUGUUUAUGAGAUUAAGACUUAAGCAUAGGCUCUAACCCUACUAGGACUAGAUAUUUUAGUGAUUACUAAACUUUUGGAUGGGCUGAGAUUCGUACCAUCAACUUUAGUAAUCAGAGAACCCAAUUGA